UUUUACACAGCUGUUUAUUCAUACAGCGCUUCAGCUGCAGCUCAGCGAGGGGUUUACAGAGCCCGUGACCGGCUCCUCCGCUGCGGGCGCUUCUAACUCAGCGCUGGUGUUUUAAUUAAGCUUCAUCCAGGACCGACACAGCGAGUAAAACACGGGGAAUGGAGAACUACGCUCGCUUCAGGGACGAAAAGUACAAAAACUGGCUGAAAGCGGCCGAGAGUCUCUACAUCCUGAGAAACCACCUUCGCGACUUCGUCGAAAACGAAACCGAAACUCAUCACAAGACUCUACGUAAAAAACUAAAUAGCGAUAUUUGCAAUAAACAGUGCGACUUUAAGAAAUGCCAACUGCCAGGGAAAAAGUUAUGUGAAACAUGUGAGCGAUGGAAAAGUGAAAUCGUACUGACUCAUAUUGGAAAAGGUAAAGGGGUAUACUGGAUCAACUGCCGUCCGUACCUUUGGCCCAAAGAAAAAUGGGAAGUGGCUAAGGUUUAUAUGCCACGUGGACAUACAGAUCAUUGCAGUUUUGAGCAGUUUGAUAUAUCGGCAAUUUUGAACUUCAUGGGUAGCUGCACACAUUUCAAACCCUUUGUUCAAAGCAAGGAUCUGUCCAAGGUCAUCAACACGAGGAAUAUCGUGAUGCAUUCCCCCGAAUUCAGGCUUGAUGAGACAGAUAUGAAAAAUGGUGUAGAAAAUGUUUUGAGUCUGGCUGAGCUUCUCAAUUCUCGUGUACCAGGAGAUCUAUACAAGACUGUUCUUGAGGCUAUAGAGGAGUUUAAUGCAGUGUUGGAAAAUUGUCUGGGGCAAGAUUCAAAACUGGAUGGCAAUGAAAAUAUAUUGCUGCUGGACAGAGAACAGCAAGCCCUGAAAGAGAAGAUUGAGUCCCUACUUCAACGAUAUGAAGCGGACCAAAAUGAAGGAAAUACAGAAGAACUGCAGGGUAUGAGAAACUUCCUGGAGCAAAACAAAGAUCUCCUGGAGAACUUGAAGCCACAGGUGGAGCGACUAAAUGAGAUACAGGAGAAAGUGGAUGAGCAUGAGGUUAAGAUUGUUCACCUGAGCGGCAGGGUUGAUGAUCUGGAGAAGGCAACAACAACCGAUUCAAUGUUCACUAUUGAAACACUCCAGUUCAAGAAUCAUCUGAUUGAACAGACCCGAAAAAGGAAAUGGCCGGACCCGGUUUUCACAGAGGAAAUUGAACCCAGUGGUUAUAGAGGUCGAGUGGAGGUAAAUGGGCACACUUUUAUAGGCUUCCAGGCACGCAAAAAAAAGGUUAUUGCUCAUCAAGAGGUUGCCAAGAUAGCUCUGGAUUCCCUCAGAUCUGAGUUUGAGAGCACAGUGGAGCCACUAUCAUCUGCAACCACAACCUCCAGCAAUCCCUUUCAUUGCACUGUGACGGUUGUUCUUGACAAAGUCGUCGUUUCUGAUGGGGCUGUAAAACAGGAAGAAGCCAUUGAAUCUGCAUACAGCAAACUAGUCCCACUGUUAAAAAACCUGAAGGACCUUCCUGAUGGUAAUAGGACAGCAGUUUUGGCGCAUCUUAAUAAAUGUGGUGUCAAGCCACCACAGGAACUCCUAUUGCAAAAGGGUGAUCAAUUCUUUUGUGAACUUCAGCUUAAGGAGAGCUUUACCUUUAAUGAUGAAGAUGGUUCCAGCACCAAGAAAAAAACAGAGCAGCAGGCAGCGAGCAUCGCCCUGCAGCGGCUGUCAACAUUCCUUAACAGCAGUUCUUUGGCUGUGCGGAAUGAGAACUACAAAGGCUUUCUUAAGGAACGUCUGGAUGCUCUUGGUAUGGACAGUACCAAAACUGUGUACACAAUUGAUGAAGAAAAAGCAACAGAAGAUCCAGAGGGACCAGGCACCAGCAUAGAUGCAUCGCAGAGUUAUAGAGAUGAGUCAAAUGAACACAAUACUGAGGACUUACAGGUGUGUUCCACCCAAACGAACACUCACCAGGAGGUUGCCAAGAUACCCAUGGACUUAGAGCGUACCAAAGGACCAUUAACACCUGCGUCCAUUUCAUCAGUGAACACCACUACAUCAUCCUCAAGCAUGCUUUUUUAUGGCACCGUAAUUGUGGUCCUUGAGAAAGAGAUUAGUUCUGAUAGUUUUUUAACAAAGGAAGAAGCCAUCGAAUCAGCUUACAAGAAAUUUACCUGUGUGUUUGGCCUGAAUUAUCCUAAUGGAGAUUCUUCUUUUAAGACAGCAGUCUGUGCACAUUUUGAGAAGUGUCAGAUCAAGCCACCACAGGAACUUUCAUGUUCACAGGAUGAUAAAUUUGUCUGCAAACUCCAACUGUCUGAGUGCUUUCCCUUUCAUGACGAAGUUGGCUUCUCCAACAAGAAAAAAGCUGAACAGCAGGCGGCUAAACUUGCUCUACAGCAGCUGUCACCAUUCCUUACCUGCAGUCCUUUGGCGGCCCAGAAUGAAAACUACAAAGGUUUUCUGAAGGAACGUCUAGAGGCUUGUGGUAUUGACAGUACCAAAACUGAGUACAAAACUGAACAAAAGGCCAUGGAAGAACUAGAGGGUCCAGGCACCAUGAGGGAUACAUCACACAUGUCCAGCACACAGACAAGACAGAAUGAACUAGAACUUUCUAGCGUUCAGCCAAACGACAAUGGUGCUGUCGUCCAUCCUCCGCCCACUUCUCAUUCAAGCUGUGCUGCUAAAAUUCCUGACUCUAGUCCUUCCUCAGUACCAAAUGAAGUGCUAGAGGAUGAUUAUGCAGAGAUCCACUCACUUCUGACUGUGCAUCAUCUCAAGCCUCCAUCUGUAACAGUAGAACGUUUUACGACUGAUCAAAAUGUCAGCCUUACACUGAACAUCGCCUUGGACAAAUUCACUUUUAAGAACCUCAGUGAAUACACUUCAAAGAAAGAAGCUACUCGGAAGACCUAUUGUUUACUUGGGUUUGCCUUGGGAAUUUUCCCAAAGGACACAGAUGAAAACAAGGCAACCAUGUUGGUGAAACAGGAUUUUUCCAAGAAGACUUUAGCUCUUCCCAAAGAAAUAGUUGAUGGCGAGAAGACGUCAUUUUGGUGUUCGAUUGGAGAGAUAACAUACACUUUAACCUAUGAGGGGCAAGGCUCCACAGAAGACGAGGCAAAGCAGGACACUCUGAAUAAAGCCCUGCUCACUCUUCCCUCGCUCUUUGGCUUCCCUCAUUUGCCCAAGUCCAGCAGCACAGGAGAAACUGAAGAUCAGAUUAACAGCUUGCUGAGAAAAGCUGGUCAGAAAGACCUCACUUUCUCCGACGAACGUAAUCAACAUAAAGUCUCUGUCACCCUUGCGUUCAGUGACUACACCAUGACGAGCAAAAUGCAACGGACCAAGAAAGAAAAUCGCAAUCUUCUCAGCAAGCGCAUCCUGGGCCUUCUGGGGGUGGAGACAGAACCUCAGUGUCCUUCGUUAAGGAACUGCGUAGAUGACUGGUUUAAACAGAAGGGUCUGCAGCAACCUGUAUUUACUGAUACGGAGGAAGCCCUGGGAUGUAAAGCUGUGUUUUCUGUCCAACUUUCCUGUUCUCAUCCAGACUGGGAGGAUAAGCUGGAGGCUGCCAAGAUGAAGCUGGUGCAGGAGCUUCACAGAAGAUUCAGGAAUUUGGUUGACAGUGGCAAACAGGAUUAACAUCAGCAACCAAGCAAAAGCAUACCAAAAGUGCCAAACACCAAACCUGUGUUUCUUAAAUGUGCUUAAUUUACUUUUUCAGUAGGUAGUAGUGUGAACAAUAUGACCAUCGUGCACAUAAAACACCAAUGUAGUCACUCAGCAAGCUGUACUGAAGUGAGACAUUGCUUUGGGACUGUAGUUUUAAAACCUGUGCACAAAAAGAGGCCUUGAGCUUUUUUUUUUAAAUAAUAGCUAAUUCUAGUUCUUCUUAAUAGUCCAAUAAUGUCCAUAUGAAACCAUUAAAAAAUGCACUUAAGUUAUGAUAUUUAUUCUAACUACAGACCAGCAUUUUGGUGUAAUGGGAGAAUGAAAGCAAUAUACUACAAGAGUUUGCUGCACUUAACGCUUAAAAUUAAGUCUUUCUUUACUUUUGUGCACUUUUUUUCCACGUGUGGCACUUUAAUAUAAGGGUAACACCCUAAGCCCCAAUUAUUACCUACUACACUGCACUUUUAACAUUUUAGGAUCAAUUUGUUACAUCUGAAAUCCGAUCUUUUAACAUCUCCUUUUAUGUAUUACUCUAUAUGAACUUAAGCACUUAACUCUGUCUUAUGAUUCUGACCGAAAAUGAUUUGAAUGUAUUUAUAUGUUUGAAAAAUUUAACCCUUGACCGGUUUCUAAUGACCUAUUAAGUUUACUAAAUGGGUUUUGUUGAGCUCUGGAGUAAAGCACUUAAACUCCUCUA